CUUGGUAGUCCGGCCAAUCAACAAUGCUGCCCCGGGGAGAAGCUCCAGGGGCUGCAUUUGUGAAGAUGGCAUCUUCAGAAGGACCAAAGGAAAAUAACGUUUCACGAAAGACCACUGGCACCACCUCUUUAAAAUGAUCCAUUUCGGGGGUCCUACAAAAUACACAACCACUCUGAGGCCGGAAGUAGUUUUGCCCCUAUUAAAUAUGGCGGAAAGCUUUCUCGUCUCCAAGGGAACAUCACGUAAUGCGUCAAAGCAUUGGGAUUAUUUUGCGCACGCGCAAAAGUACACGCCGCCGGAAGUGAUGGUGCCCCUACCAGAGCGGGUAGUUUUGCACGCAUGCGCAGUAAGCUUUUCCGUCAGCUGUGUUGUAGGUAAUGGUGGAGAAGAAAACCUCUGUUCGCUCCCAGGACCCUGGACAGCGGCGGGUGCUGGACCGUGCCGCCCGGCAGCGCCGCAUCAACAGGCAGCUCGAGGCCUUGGAGAAUGACAACUUCCAGGACGACCCCCACGCAGGACUGCCCCAGCUCGGCAAGAGGCUGCCUCAGUUUGAUGAUGAUGCAGACACCGGAAAGAAAAAGAAGAAAACUCGAGGUGAUCAUUUUAAACUUCGUUUCCGAAAAAACUUUCAGGCCUUGCUGGAGGAGCAGAACCUGAGUGUGGCUGAGGGCCCCAACUACCUGACAGCCUGUGCGGGACCCCCGUCCCGGCCCCAGCGCCCCUUCUGUGCUGUCUGCGGCUUCCCUUCCCCUUACACCUGUGUUAGCUGUGGUGCCCGAUACUGCACUGUGCGCUGUCUGGGCACCCACCAGGAGACCAGGUGCCUGAAGUGGACUGUGUGAGCCUGGGCGUCCCCAGAGAGGAAGGCCCUGCCUGCAUCACCCCAGCUUCGGAGAGGGCCUCACCAAAAGGAGAGGUGCUCUUCCUGGACCAAGAGAGGAGCCAUUCACCCGCCCAACCAAGCUCAUGUCUUAUCCUCCAGGGAAGACCAGUCUCACUCCCGGGGACUGUGGCAGGGAAGUGGGCCGAGCCCUCACAGUGCUAUUGUAAUAAAAGGUCUCAUGUGAGGAGGA